AUGAAGUGUCUAUGCAUUUUCGUGGCCACCGCGGCUCUGGUGCACGGCUACGCCAUCAGGGACAAUGAGAUCGAGCCGAGCAGACUGAGGAGCAGUGACGAUCUCCUCGACAGUGUGAUCAGUGAUUGUUUCGAGGCGUCUUCGCCCAUGUCCUGCUUGAAGGGGAAAGUGCUGUCCUUCCUGGACACGAAUCUUGGCGUUCGGACGGAGUCGGCGAGGGCGUUCGACGAGGGGAAUAUCGACAAGGCGAUCUUCGACCGCGUCGGGAGGAUCCUGAACGCGAACGAGUUCAGGUUCCAGCUGCCCGAGUUCCUGUUCCAGGGCGCCGAGGUCUCCUACCGCGCCGACAGGGGAUUGGACGUCGACUUCCCCGAGGAGAAAUCGGAAAACGGCGAAGCUCGAGGCAUCUUGAAGAAGAAGCUUCUGCUGCCAGUACUCCUCCUGUUGAAACUGAAAUUGAAAGCCCUGAUGCCAAUCCUGGUCACAAUCAUCGGAAUCAAGGCCGUGAAGGCGCUGAUCCUUAGCAAGCUGGCCAUUACUCUCGUCCUCGGAUUCCUCAUCUACAACUUGUUGAUGAAGAAAGGAGCCAUGCCGAUGAUGAUGACUCCGACGGAGGCCCCGCCGGCGCCCCAAUACGGCCCUCCCGCCAACCAGUACGGGCCCCCCUCCACGCCCGCCGCACCUCAAGACUCCUACAGCCCGCAAUGGGAGCCCUCCGGGUCCGGACCCUACUCCCGCGUCUGGGACCCCUCCCAACUGGCGUACAGCUCGUACUACCCGGGCGACUCCAGCGCAUCGGCCGCCUCCAACCAGUCGCCGAGCUACUCGAGUGUCGCUUCCAUUUCCUCCUCAUCGUCAUCCUCAUCCUCGGCCACCCAC